AUGAACAGCUCCACCAAUACCUUGUCGGCUUCGAUCACAUCGGCGUUGGCGCUUAAGCCAUCGACUGUAUAUAUAUUGCGAAUUCAAAACAGCAGCAGCCGACAGAGUUGGCACAUCCGCCGCUGUUUUUCGGAAUUCUGCGAGCUGCGCGAAAAGCUCCUCGCCCUCAUUGACGAUCAAAUGGCCACAUACCUUACAAGUUUGGAAGUUGACAAUACCACUAGCAGCAUGUACACGACUAAUUCUAACAUCACUUCGAGUGCCAGCUCAAGCACCAGUACUUGCAACUCGUAUCGUGGUGAAAAACAUCGACAGUAUUCCUCCCCACCCCCGUCAGAUAGGUUUUGCUACGUGUUUAAACAGUUUCCACCCCGUAAGUUAUUUGGCUCACGCUCCAAGCGCGUGAUCGAAGCGCGAUGCUUGGCUCUCAACCGCUUUUUGCAACAGGCACUCGAUGUUGUCGAGGUCGUUCGUCAGCGCCGGCUGAUCGCAAUUUGCUUCAGCAUGAUGUCUCAUAUUGAAAGCUUUCUCGAGUGUAAAGCUCACCGACCAAUCACGCGUGUUGCCCCACCAGGCAGUGUAGACAGCAUAAUCGAGAUACUCGGUCGACAGGAAUCUGUGUCACCCAGCGCAGCUAGGAGAACAUCUGCUGCCAUGUCACUUACCCCUGGUUUCCACCACUAUCCGCUGGUGCCAACCCAAGCGUUUAUCAUGACUCUGAACGACCACCGACACCAGUCCAAUGCUAGCAGGUACAACCUCAGCGCCAGCGCUGACGACGAUGCCGGCAGCAUUAAACAGGAGACCCAGCGCUUUAACAACUUUGACUUCACACAGCGAUUCUACCGCGAAUUUGGUCGUCAAGAAGAACGAACGGAAAAGUCUUGCAAUGACUUAGACAAUGACGAAAAGAUGCAAAUGCACAAAAAGAACAUUCGCGGGCUGAGGCCUGCGUGGGACGUGUCGAAAUCGCGGGUGUCCACAACUCAGGCGAAAUUGAAGCCAAGACAAAGGAUCUUUCAAACUGAGUUACACAAAAGUGAGCAGCAAUUGCAUCGAGAUCGUGCUCUACCAGUACAACACUACCCCAUUGUGCAUGAAAGAGAAGAAAGGUGUGAUCCGUGA